AUGGCCUACCCCUCGCCCACAUUCUCCAUCUCCACCCAAUGCCUUCACAUCUCCCACUUCCUGCCCGACUCGCCCAAGCACUGCGCCUUUCUCGCCCGUCUGUACAACACGGACGACUUCAUUCAGUCCUGCGGCCGGACAGGCAUCGACACGCCCGACAAGGCCGCCCGGUUCCUGCAGACCCGCGUCGCCGCCGAUUUCGCCCCAACGGGUACGGCAUCUACCUGGUGUCUCGCAAGCCCCGCUGCCGCCCUGAUGCAGUACGCGCGGCGCGAGCUGGGCGUCGAGGCCGUGCUGGGGUUCUGCGACCCCGAGAACGCGCGCAGUCGUCGCGUGCUGGAGAAGAUUGGUCUCGAGUUUCGUGGUGUGAGGGGGCUGAGGGUGUUUGGUGGCAGGUCUUCGGCUGUUUAUGCCCUGCCGGAGAUGAGUCUGGAUUUGAAGACGUAUGGCGUGGAUGAUUAG